AUGAAUAUAAUAAAUUAUUUGUAUAGCAAAAGCAAGAAUAUAUAUAAUCGAAAUAUUAAUGCAUAUAAUUAUAAUAAUAUUGAAAAUGAAAAUUUGAUUAGCCAUUUUAGUGAUACUAAUAAUAAUUACAGUAACAAUAGUUAUUCAUCCAAAUCAUCAUCACAUACUUUAGCAGUAAGUAAUAGUAAUUUUGAUAGAUAUGUCAAAAAUAAAAAUAUCAAAAAAAAUUAUGAACAUGGGAAGGAUGGUCAGGAAGAAUAUAAUGAAAAAAGAGAAACAAUGGCUAGCUACCUGAACAAGUCAGGAAAUAUUAAAGAUUUGAAAAAAAAAAAUAUGAUUAAUAGUAAUGGAAGCAAUGGUAAUAAAAAUUUACAAGAUAAUAGUGGAAUUGGGAUGACAAACUCAAAUAUAGACAAUAGCAAAUUAUGUUACGAAUUUAAUAUAUACAAUAUAGGAUUUGAUAAAAAGGUUUAUAAAAAUCGGUGUGAUGGUGUUUGUGUGCUAAAUGAUAAUAUAUAUAUUUUUGACAAAAUAAAAAAAUGUAUUUAUUUAUACACACCAUAUAAUAAUGUCUGGUACAUAUUUUUAGAUAUAUAUGAAGAAAUAUCAAUAAAAAAAAAUAAUACUGAUAUUUCAAAUAUGUAUGAUAUGGAAAAUGAAAAACAAUAUAUACAACAUAAAUAUGUAAAUAAUAUUUCUUUUUUAAAUUAUGCGGAUAUGGUAUAUUUAAAUGAUUAUUUAUUUAUUAUAAGUAGCAAUUCACAAUUUAUGAAUACAUGCAAAGUUAAUAUUAAUAAUAUGAACACCCUUUUCGGGGCAAUAGUUAUAUGUACCUAUGAAAAAAAUAAUUCAAACAUUUCAGAUACUACUAAUAAUGAAAAAGAAAAGAAUGAACAGAUUAGAGAAUUUUCCAAAAAUAAUAAGCAUGCAAAUUCAGUAGUUAGCAAAACGGAUAUGGAUAAUAACUAUAAGCCAGAGUUAAAUAGGUAUGGUCAUAAUAUGGAAAAUGAUAAAAAUGAAAAUAUUGAUUAUUAUGAAAAGGUUUAUAGUGAUGAAGAAAAGGAAAAGGACGAGAGAUCAGAUGAAUAUAUAUAUGUGAAUGGGUUAUCUAAAUUUGAUGAAUUUUUUGACAAUGAAAAAAAUGAAAAUUCAAAAAAACAAAUAAUUAAAGCACGAGAUUAUUUUUCACUUUGUAGUGUAAACGAAAAAUCGUGCUCAUUAAUUUAUUUAUUUGGUGGUAAAGGGAAUACAAUUAAAGAAAAAAAUGAAUAUAUUGAUAUUAUAUAUAAUGAUUUAUAUGUAUAUGAUUUUUAUAUGAACAAAUGGACAGAAUUGCACGAAUGCAAAAAUGACAAUAUUGAUGAUCAAUCUGAAAUAACCGAAAAAAAUUAUGAACAUGUUCAUGUAGAAAAUAGCAAUUCACAUGACCAUGUUAAUAAUAAUUGUGAAAAUUUGAUUAAUUCAAAAGAAGAGCAUAAAAUAUACGAUUUUAAUGCAGAAUGUUACGAAUCGUUUAUACCUAGCGAAAAAAAAAAUGUAGAAGAAGGAGGGACAAAUAAUGAAGCUGAUAAAUUCAAUCUCUUUUUCCCCCUUGAUGAAAAUGGUGAAAAUAUAAAUAAAAUAGAUAAGCCUAGUGUGUGUAACAAAAAUAGUAAUAAAAUUAACUUGCCAAAUAUUACAACUAUAAAAGAACAGUCCCCUACUAAAAAUGUGGGGGUAAAUAAAAAUGGGAAUCAGAUCGAUGAACAGCUAUUUACCGGAUUAGAAAUAAGCAAUAGUGUUUCAAAAAAAAAAAAAAAUAUAGACAAUAUAGAAAAUGUAGACAAUGUAGAAAAUGUAGACAAUGUAGAAAAUGUAGAAAAUACAGUUGGAGGGUGCAAUAAAAAUAACAGUAGUCAAAAUAGCAAUAAGGAUAAUUUGUAUAGUCUUAUUUUUGAUUCUAUAAGUAUGUUAAAUGAUGAGAAAAAUAUUUGUUGCUUAGGAGCUGGUAGCAAUGCAGAUCCGGACUCUCUCCUUGGCAGUUCAAAUGUAAAUGAAGCCCCGAAAGAAGAAGUGAAAGAAGUGAAAGAAGUGAAGGAGGAUGUGACAAAGGAUAAUGAACAUGUGAAAGGGAACUGCAUUAAUUGCAGAAAAAAUGAAGAAUGCAAAUAUAUAUGUGAAUUGAUAAAAAAGAAUAUAAAAAUAAAAAAGUUGAAAUGGCUAGGUAGAAGAGCUGGUCAUACAUGUAAUUAUUAUAAAAACAAUCUAUACAUAUUUGGUGGGAUAAAUUAUUAUAGUUUUAAUAAAAAUAAAAUAAAUUUAAAUUUUUGUAAUAAUUUAUAUUUAUAUAAUAUUGAAACAAAUAAAUGUUUUGAAAUAAUUGGUAAAGGAAAUAUACCAGAAAAAAGAUAUAGACAUAGUAGUAUCAUCAUAAAUGAUUAUAUGUUUAUAUUAGGAGGAGAAUGUAAAAAUUCUACACUACCAAAAAAUGAUUUAUAUUUUUAUAACUUUGAAAAUUCAGUAUGGUCUGAAAUUAUUAUUAAUUCAACAGUUGGAUCACAUGCAUUAUAUAAAUCUAUAUGGUUAGAAAAUUUCGGAUCUAUUUAUAUGUUUGGCUCAUCAAUUUUAAGAUUAACAAAAAAGAAUUUUCAGUACACACCUUCUUACAAAAGUAUUAAUGACAAAAUUAAAAACAAUAAAGAUAAAAUUGUGAAAAGAAAAAAAUGA